ACUCAUUACAUGGGCCCCAAUCUGACUGUCCUCCGCUGGAAGAAAGACGCGUCCAUUUGCAUUCCUCUCUAACAACUCCUAGUUGGAGAGAGUCGAGCGCCGUUCCCUUUUUAAUUUUAUCACCACCCAUCUCAGGCAACCAUGUUAUCCCUGUUUUUCCCCUUUUCAGUCUUGAAUCUGCUUUAGCAGAAGCAAACGACUGUCUCCUUUUACUUUUAAGACACCAUAAAUUUGACCGAGGAUAGGAAACUUGUGUGAGAGUAAAGAACGAUUGCUGCAAAAAAAGAAUGAAAUUGUUUAUUGCAUUGCUGGUCAUAUCAGUGGGUGCUCUCAAAGGUGGGUGCUUGCAAUGCCAGGUGGGAGAGCGGCGGGCAUUGAUGAGCUUCAAGGCCGGGAUCAUCGACGACACUUCUCAGCGCCUGGUUUCAUGGAAGGGCUUUAAUUGUUGCGCUUGGCAGGGGGUCACAUGCAGCAAGCAGACCGGCCGCGUAGUGGAUCUUCGUCUCCCAGGGCUUCUCUCCGGGGACGAUUUCAUAUUCGAUACGCUGAUGAAGGGCAGCAUAUCGGAGGCUGUGGGCGAUCUGGAGUUUCUGGAAAUUUUAGAGCUGGAUGAUCUGAAGGAGCUCACGGGUCCCAUUCCGCGGUCGAUAGGGAAGCUCCUGAGGCUGAGAAAGCUGAUCCUCAAUACCAACAAGCUGGGAGGUUCGAUUCCCCUUUCCCUGGGAAACCUCCGUGAGCUUCGAGAGCUCCAGCUGCAAGAAAACAAUUUAAGCGGUUCGAUUCCCGACGCCAUUGCCGGCCUGCAAAAUCUCCACGUAUUAAAUCUCUUCAGCAACAGGUUGACAGGUUCGAUUCCCAUGAUUUCCCGUCUCUUCAUGCUCCGAAGCCUCGAUCUCCACAGCAACUUUUUGGUCGGUUCGAUCCCUCGGGCCAUCGGAAACCUCAAGUGGUUACAGGUUCUCGACAUGUCGGAUAAUAAUCUGACGGGUCCGAUUCCGGAUUCGAUCGGGAAACUCUCGAAUCUGUCCAUUAUGUUCCUCAACGGAAACCGCCUCAGCGGCAGCAUACCGUCGGCCAUAGGCAGGCUCUCUUCCCUGGGAUUCCUCCGCCUCCAGGAAAACCAACUGACCGGCCCCCUGCCGUCUUCUUUCGGGAAUUUGAUCAGUCUCCAGCGGGUUUCCAUCGCCAGAAAUGGGAUCUCAGGUCACAUUCCAGACUCCAUCGGUAAGCUCUCCAGCCUGACGGAAAUCUACCUGGACGACAACAAGCUCUCCGGCCAAAUCCCCAAAUCAAUAGCAAAGCUUUCAAAGCUCCUUCUCCUGUACCUUUCCCACAACAAUCUGUCCGGAAACCUCCCGGAAGAACUCGCUGGGCUUUCCAACCUCCAAGAAUUUCACAUCUCCUUCAACAAUUUCAAAUUUCUUACAGUCCCUUCAGUCAUCGCAAAGCUCCCCUCUUUAUAUGCUCUUUCCCUCGCUGCCUGUGGCAUUCGCGGCGCCCCCCCAAAAUGGCUUUCCCAGCUGCAAAUUCCCCUGUCUCAGCUCGAUUUGUCAAGCAAUGUGCUCACCGGAGCCCUUCCGCCAUGGCUGAGCACCAUGACGGAUCUCUACUCCCUCAAUUUUUCCAACAAUGCUUUCACUUCCUCAAUCCCUAAAGAAAUUGUGGGCCUCCGAGACCUGGGCAGUCUGGAUUUGCAUUCCAACUUUCUCACCGGCCCUGUUACGGCUGUCUUCUCUGUUCAGAGCCGGUUCCCCGACGGCACAUUGCGGUACGUGGACCUGUCACAUAACAGAUUUUCUGGGUCUCUGCCUGCGAAUGCGAAUGUGCAGGCCAGCAUGGAACAGCUCCUUCUGUCACACAAUCUUUUGACGGGAAAAAUUCCGCCUUCCGUUGGCGCCAUGGGACAGUUGCAGGUUCUUGAUCUCAGCUUCAAUAAUUUCACGGGCCCAAUUCCCGAAACGCUCGGGAAUUUGACACGGUUGGGGAAACUGAUCCUCAAUAACAAUAAGCUGAACGGAGGAAUACCCAGCCGGUUUCUGAAUCUGACGGCUCUGUCUGAUCUGAACCUGUCGCAUAAUUCUCUAUCUGGUCGAAUUCCCCAAGGAAGUGUUCUGCAGAAGUUUCCCGAAUCUUCGUACGAGAGUAACAGUGGGCUGUGUGGGAAUCCUCUUCCCCCCUGCUAAACUUCUUUGGAUUCCACUGAAUUCUUUGGAUGAUUGUCAGACUCAGACAAGGCUGGGCGUUACACAAAAGCUGCGCUUGUUUGUCAUUGAUAGCUGGCUGAUUGUGUAGUUACGAUUUGGAAUCAUAGAAUGCAGUUUUUUGUACUAUACCAUGAGUUGCAGUGAAUUUGUCCGUCUCUGAACAGGAUAUCUGCUCUCAGUCUCUCAAGUUUGUAUGCCACAAUUUCGCAAAUUUGAAUAUAGUUUGUAUUUUGCCCGCGCUUGUGAAUUGAAAUUUCAUUUUUUUUAAUGUCAAA